AUGACAACCGCGGACGCAAACCUCGCCAUUCCCGUGCCCUGGGAUAGACUUCUGCUAUGGGUACAACAGCAAAUUGCUCUCGAGAUGAGAACAGGCCAACCAGUUGCGUUGACACGGUCUCAGCUCGAGGCCUUGUCCGAGUUUGUUCCGUUCAACGAAGAACCAAACGUGAGCGAUCAGGGCUACGUUAGCAAGUUGGUUGCCAGGUCGGCGGCGAUAACCCCAGGGAAACUUCUCCGCAUGGGUCGACCAGCUAUUUCGCCCCUGCAGCUGCCAAAGCCGCAUAUUCCGUCUCCUCAGGACAUGCAGCCGUUGAGCAAACGGCAGCGCUUGUCGGCCAAUUCACCUGUACCAGGGACAACGCCUAGCAAGUCGCCGUGGACAAGUGUUCCCAGCACCCGCUCGCCCAGCAACUCUUCUGUUUUCGAAGAGGUAAGCAGUCUCUGCAAUCGCUUGGCCCUCGGCAGUCCAACGUACAAGAUUGAGCCCGACCCGGCAGGGCAUGACGUAUUCUGCGGACGGCCCGUCUUUAAGAACGACUUGCGAAUCCCCCCGGAUCUAGGUAUUGUCAGUGGCAUCGCCGGCGAGGGCCAGGCGAAAUUGAAGGUGGCGGAGAGCGUACGAGAGUGGCUGCAGGCCGAACUGCAGAGAAGGCAGGAUACGUUUGAGAGCCUGUGGUCGACUGCGAGUUCGCCCAAGCCGGCAACCCCCAACGUGCAGUAG